CCACCUUUAUCCAUCCCACUGUCUUUGAUAAUAGUGCUACUAAUGAUAGAAUAAUAGUAAUAAUAGCCGCAGUAAUAAUAGUACUAGUCCCCCCUAGAGGCCGCCACCGCCGCGCAAUCCUCGGGCCAAAAUCACAACAAACCCUCGCCGGAGACACAGCCAGGGGGAGGCGCGGGGCACUAAUUCGCACACCCCUCCACUGUGGCACCUCCAUGGCGGCCGUCUGCACGAGGACACGGCCAGGCAGAACACGAGGAGCCAUGGAGGACAGAGGUCUGCCAUAGAGGAGUCUCACCCAUGCCCAAGCCUCAGCCUUCAGGACAAAAAUGGAAGACUUCCCUAAGCUCCACAUGACCUCCCCUCCCUCCAGCCUCUCGAUAUAAUCUGUGCAAGCAACAUCCAACAUUGCAAUCAAUGAAAUGGGCCAGUCAAUGGAUGGCUUGCUGGCUCCCAGAGUGUCCACUCCACCCAUCCCCCGCCCUCGCAAGACAUCCUCCCUAUCCUUGGUGUCCACCCCCAAGCACCCGGCCUCAGCGCGCCACCCCCCACCCACACCCCACACCAACGGCCUUGAGUACCACCACAAUAAAAAUAGCUGUGGCCACAAUAGUAUGCAGCGUGCUCCCUCUCUCGACUCAGCCACCCACAGAGACGUUCCUCUCUCACCCAUAAUGCAGCUGCGGUGUACCCACAGUGACAGUGAGACGGAGGAAGAGAACGGUUGCAAUAUGCAACAGCACUGUACACGCCCCAGUCCAGCCCCUCACCCUGGCAGGCAUCACAGGAGAUUGCCUCAACAGCAUCAUCAGCAACAACAACAGCAACAGAAGCAGCAGCAACAUUCCCACAGCUUACCUGCGACUCCAAGGGUUAAUGGCAGCUCGCAUCACUCAGGCCUCAAUGGCAGCCUCUUCCCUCUGGGCACCUCUCCCUCCUACAGUGCUCUUCCUUACCUGGUUGCAGCACAGACAGCCGAGAGCAACCACAUCAUGUCUCCCAGCACCAGCCAUUACAUCACGUGCAGCACUGGGGAGAGCCAGUUGGAAAACUCCUCCCUUCUGGGGUCUCAUGACUCCAAGCUGUCUGGAGUCAUUGACUACAGCAGCCUACCACUGCCAGAGGGGAACCAGGAGCCCCUCAAGCGGAACAGGGACAUCAGUCGACACAUGAGUGAGCCGUGCAUCACCGAGGCCCAAAGGUGUUCUGAGGGGCUGUCUUACUCCCCAAGGAGACGAGGGACAAGGCACAGGAGCAAAGGGGGGUGCCUUAUUGCUCCCAAGGAAGGUGGAGUGAUGGACAACAUAAAAGAGAGUGGUCAGAGUGAAGGGGAGGCAGAGGAGAACAGUGCACUAGAGGUACAGUGGAGGUUCAUUCAGACUUUGGUGUCAGAACUGAAUAUAACCAAAGCCAGUAACAGAAAGUUGAUGGGAGAGUUACACCAAGCCAAGAUGGAGAUACAGGUUCUGAGGGCUUCCCUGGACUCCUUCACCGAGGGAGGCUUGCAGCCCGGGACAAUAGCUGAAAUGGUUGGUCAAAUUCACGCAGCCCAGAAGGUGCGUGACGAGGCCAUGAUGUCCCGGAUCAAGCUGGCCAACGAGGAGCGUGACGCAGCCCUCACACACAGCCGCACUCUCAUGGAGAAGCUCAGCGUCUCACCUCAGGCCACCGCCAGCACCUCCUGCAGUGCUCUGGAGUUACCAGAACACGAACAUCAGUCUGGCGGCAACAGCAGCUGUACCAGUUCUCCGAGACGCACCGACAGACGUCACAGGAAAUCCAGUGACCUGAUGCCUUCGUUGAUGUCCUCUGGGAGCCCCUACACCUCCUCCCCCCCGGCCUUCACACAGGGAUUGGAACAGAAGUCCUUGGGGGAGCGUGAGGCGGCCACACUGGCUCAGCUGGCAGCACUGGAGGAAGAGUUACGCACGCUGCGGCUGGCAACCUCAGCGGCCCACCACCACCACCACCACCAGUGUGAGGGAGGCGAUGGGGGGAUGUCAGCCACACAGGGUCUUAGCAGUGUAUCAAAUGAGUACGUGGAGGGGCUCUGCUCACAGCUACGAGAGAGUGAAGCCUCCCGGUGGCAGCUUCAUGACCAGUGUGCGAAGCUUGAGCGGCUCGUCAGUGUGCUGCGGAAAAAGGUAAAUGGGCUGAAUGUGGUGGAGUCGAGCAUGGUGCAGGAGGGAACCAAGCUGACCCUGGUAGACCUCUCUUUACGUGGACCGCCACCCGCUGAAGGGACUUCCAGCUCAGGCCCCAUCAACACCCACCCCUCCACCUCCUCAGAGGGGGAGCCCAAGGACAGCCUCUCCUCCCUGGAGUCUGUGGAAACAACCUCUGCUUCAUCCUGGAAGAGAGGAGAGGUUCCCAAUUCCAGCUCAGGUCAUUCCACAACAAACCUGCAUUCCAGUUAUGUGUUGCUUCAUUCCUCCAACCCCUCCCAUGGCAAUCAUGCAAACCUUCUCUUCUCAUCCAUGGCACAGACCAGCCCCCACCAGUCACCUGCUGGUAAUCAAUCGAUGUCCAGUGCACCUCCCUCGCUGGGCCCCACCUCCUCCUCCCCUUCCUUAUCUGUCUCCCCACACCAUAACAGUUAUCAUCACCAUCAUCAGCAACAACAACAACAACAACAGCCACAGCAACAAGGGACAAGCCUUAGGAAUGAUCCCAAACACCUCACUGGUGUCACUCUCGUAGGACCCAUUACUGAACUUUGAUUGCUGAUGCUGCGAUAGGAAUACGCUGUGAGGAAGAACUGUUACUACUUACUACAUCAUACAUUGAGACUUUCCUUUCCUACUUUACUUAAACUCCCAUUAUUAAACAAAUUAUAGUAAGGUGACAGGUUUCAGCAUGCAGUAAUGGUGUUAUCUGGAGUACGGAGGAAACAUUGCCUCCUACUCAUGUUACCUUCUUUUCUGUGCUGCUGUCUAUCUUAAGGUGUUGUCUCCGUCCUCUUACGGUGCAGUAGAACCUUGACUCCAUAGCAGCGGCUGGGGCAGGGCUUGAGGACCCGUCAAGAGGCAUAAAGAGAAGGACAUUCAAAGCAUAUUCUCACAAACCAAAAUAGUGGAAUCAAAAUAUGGACUUAAGUGUUCAAACCCAUUGCAGGAAGUUCAAAUCUUGUAAUCUUAUUCUAAGGGAGCCUACUUAACUGCUUAUUAUUCCCCUUCCCAGUCUGUCAAGUUACAUCUCUUAGUCACACCUGUCCCGUCAUCUUCCUGAGGUAUUGUUGUAAGCUAGCAGGUGAUCAGGCUGUGUACUCUCCACCACAGGGGAGACCCAAGCCACUGCCACUUGCCUCAUGUCCCCCUGUGUGGCCUACAUACAGGGCUCUGCCACACGCACACGGGUAGUCAAUGUUCUACUCUACUACAUUUGUGAUAAACUUGCCUUGUGGUUCUUCUAAGUUUCCUAGUGUGGUGCUUUGUGUCUUAGGGCUAGAUCCCUCCCCUCCCCCCACCCUAUAGUGUCAGCAGUCUUGUGCCCUGCUGUGGGUGUGCAGCAGACUCAAAAUAGUAUAGCGUUUGCAACUAAUAUUGUACAUCUGCUGUUGUAGAUCAGAUUUUUUCCCCAAAAGAUCUUGCUGUUAUUGUACAAUUACUUCAACCAAAGAAAACUAGAAUUUCUACUUGUUUUCGAUUGACAGUGUUAAAUAGUUAUACGUAUUAGUAUCGUCAUCAACUUAACAAAGCCAAAAAUAGAUAUCUGCCUCAGAUUCUUUAAAAGAAAUCAUUUUAAUCUCAUUUCCAGAUGUUUAUAGUGUUGCUUUUUUAUAGUAUGUUAUGCUAUUAGGGUGUGAAGCAACAGCGAAACUCCAAUAAUUCAUCUCUGUCAAAACAGUUUCAAAUUCAUUCCUAGGUUAGAGAACAAAAAUAUUGUUUGCAUAUUAUUUUUUUACAUUUCCUCAGAUUUUUCUUGGUUAUUAUACUCUGCCUCAGUCCUUCCAUUUUCUUUUCCAUGCUGCCACUGCAAAUUUUCUGUUGCUCCAUUGGUUCCACCAGGGAAAUGUUUGUGUGGUGUUCAUGAAUUAUUGUUUGAUGUUCAUAGUUGUUCACGACCUGCCACAUCAUGGAAGCUGCCGCCACAAAAGCAGUCUUCUGGUAUCAGGAUAUUGCCAGGAUGACUUAUUAAGAACUGCAUUCAUCAUGGGCUUAAUCCCUCACUUAAUAUGGUUAGGAUUGUGACAUCUGUUGGACAAGGUUUAUUGGAAGAGCAGCUGUGCAGAUUAUGUAUUUUUUGUAUUUAUGUGGUAAAGUUUAUUUAACACAUCUACUUAAAAUGGCUUCUGAGACCUUCCUUUAUCAUGAGGGCAUAGGGAAAAGAUGAACCUAUUCCUCUGGGCAUUAACUUUGUCUUGCCUCUGCAUGGACCCAACGGAUGAGUCCUGUGACUGGAUUCACUUUAUUUACAUAACUGCAAGUAAGCUCAGGAAUGCAAAAAGCAGUGUAAAAAAAAGCCCACCAAGUUUUAGACAGUUACUUAAUCUGUCACACAAAUUACUAGUGCCAUUAAACAUUAUUAUUAUUAUUAUUAUUAUUAUUAUUAUUAUUAUUAUUAUUAUUAUUAUUAUUAUUAUUAUUAUUAUCGUUAUUAUUAUUUCAACAGGGUUUGUCACCCCACCCUGUCUACCAGGAAAGGGUUUAUGAUAUAUUUAACAUUUCUUUUGAGUGAGUGACAAGAAAUAGGCUUUUGUAUUGCAAGAUAUUAGAAUUUUUAUCCUUUCCUUUUUAGUGAAUCUCAGUAUAUAAUUUUGGUUCAUUUAUAUAGUUUGAGAGAAUUUUCUUCUCUUUCAUGCUGAACAAGUGUUUUAUACAGCUUUACACCUGUCUAGUUUGUAGGAUGGGGCAAGGGUACAGGCUGUACCUGUUACUCUAUUUUUUAUCCUAGUUUUUUUUUAUUUUUUAUUUUUAUUUUUUGGGGUGGGGUGGGGGGGAUAGGAGUAUGUAUGGUUUUGCAUGCAUACAUGUGUGCAUUCAUACACUGAUGCAUGUAUGAGUAUUAGAAACCAAAUUUUCAUUCCAUAUGAUAACAUGUUGAAUUUAAGCUUAUCCAGUGAUUUGAGAAGUCAAAACAUAAUGCAACAUGCAAUGAUUGUUAAUGAAUCAUAGAUAACUGCUCAAGUCUCAUCUUUGUAUUCAAAAUUUCACACAUGUUUACUGUCAACCAACACUUUUUUGUUGUGUUAUGUGGUUGCCGUGAAAACAAGUGUUUAGUAUAUAUAGUUCACAUAAACACCAAACAUUUCCUUUUUUACCUAACUCCAUUAUUUCCAUGUGGUGUAUGAUUAUCUAGGUUGCCAGUGAGCAUAGUUCUGAACCUCUCAAUCUGAAUAUUGUGCCUACUAGCAAGCUAUACUGAUCUGCUCACUGUAAUGCCUUGAGAGUAGAGAAGGUUAAUCCACUUGUAUUUCUAGGGUGAUACAUAGUACAUUUGAUUUUUGUCCCUUUUCCAAACCCUACUCACCCCAGCUCAUUGUAAGAACCUCACAGCAGCCAGCUUGGUGCUGUACUGAAUGGGUGUGAUAAGGCCAGGUCUUUGUUGUCAUAUUACCAUGAUAUAUCCUUUACAUGAAAAGCUGCCAUCUCUGAUAAUGCUGGACAUUAACAAGGGCCAGUUAAACUGCUCAUCUACAAAUUUGUACUUUGUAAGUGAUCAUAAAACAUCUUUGCUUCAAGGCAGGCUAUUGAUCUUCCAUGUGUAAUGAAGAGCAACGAGUAGCAUAAAUAACAUGUGUAAGUAGUUAAGAAUAUUGUGGUCAAUGUAUGGUGUGUACACUUUCUCAUAGUGUCACCAGUUUACAGAGUAUACCAAGGUAAUACAGCUAUGACUAUGAUGCCAUUAGAAUCUCAAGUUGGGAAUUGUAGCAACUUCUUCAGCAACUCCUUAUAUUUUUUUGUUGUUCAAUGCUUUUGUUGGCUUACUGUGGUAACGUCUUGACCAAGGCAACCCAAAAUAUGUAUUGUUAUCUCUACCUGUUGUGUACAUGAAUCUCUAAAGUGCCAUUUUUCAUUUUGCCAAGUUAGAUGUAUGUAUUUUCUUUUUUCUUGACUUUUAUAUUAGUAUGCAUUAUUAUUAUCACUUUUUGACAGAAAGCAUAAUGUAUGCCAGGUUAUUUCCCCAUGUCUAUUAUUCCCACCACAAUGCCAAAGUUCUGUAUGUGUGUGUGUGUGUGUGUGUGUGUGUGUGUUUUAUGUGUGUAAUUCACCAUUCACCUUGGUCUGAUCAUGCUCUGAUCACCAGUCAGUACUCUCCUCGAAUAAACCUGAAGAUCAGGUGACAGAGCUUUGGGAACAGCUAGUACCCCCCCCCCCUCACCCCCCACCCCUAGGAUGCAAAUCACAACUUACAGUACCCAUUCCCUGCUGGGUGGACAGGGAACACUGUCUGGUAAUCAAAUUUGGAACCCCACAGUUGUGAGGCGAGCAUUCUGAAAACUGCAUUAUGAAGCACCGUUGUGUGCGUCAAGCGGGGGAGGGGACAGCUAGAUCCGUGUGCAUGUUUGUGUGUGCAUGUGUACAUUCAUGCAUCAAUUUGAAUUAAAAAGCAGUCAAUAAGAACUGAGUUCAUAGUCCUACUUGCAGAGCCACACUUUGGAACACAAUCAGGCAGGAGCCUGACUGCCUCACCAGGCAGGACAGGACCACAGGAAAUGAGCGUCUUGUUUGGUACCAUAGCAAGGAAGCCCAGCAAAAAUGUGAAGCUUGUCCUUGUCUGCCCUCAUAGUCUCCCUAAUUUGAAAAGUCAUAGCAUGAAUGUUAGAAGACAAGAAGCUAAUUAUUGUAUCAGAUGAUAUGGCAGUUACAUUCUCUUAUAAGCUCUAGAAAAUACUAAAUCAAACUAAUACUAUAUUAUUUGACUAGUAUGUAAUUAUGGUUAGCUGGUAUUCAUCUUCAAUGAAAUGCAUAUUUUUAAUAGGGAUGUAUGUGUGUAAUGCCAGACAGGAGGCACUUGAUAAAUUUAUAAAUACUGUGGCUGAUCCAUGAUAUAUAGUGAAAUUACAUGAUUGUAGAUUUACAUAAUUCUUGUAGUGUAAUUGGAUUGUCCUGUCAAUUGGUUAUGAUUAAAAUAUCAGCACAAUUUACUGGGGACUGCUGAGGGUUGGGAUGUUAUAAAGAUGGUCUCAAGUCCUUCCUCUCUGGAUUGUCCCUGUUGUUGUACUCAUACUUACUGGAAAGCAUCAUGUCAAGAGUCCUGACUUGGUACAGCCAGAGCUUCACCUGAGAGUAUCAUAAGGACUCAGUAUUUUGCACACCCAACUUUCAUAUACACAUAAUGCACGUAUUAUCAGAUGCCAUGAUAGACGUGGCCACCACAAGUACAAUGGUAUUGUUCUAAGACUACUUUGAGUUAUGUUACAUUGUCUGUGGUGUAGGUGCCUCAGUGCCAUCACCCCAAAGGUUAGCGGCAUCACCCCACCUCACCAGUCCCCACCAUUCUUUUGUUCUGCAGAAGCCAAAGCAAAUAAUUAGGUUAGUUUUAUUAUUGUUUUAAGUGUAUUUAUGCUACCUGUACUUCAUAUGUAUUAUUAGGUAAAGCUGGAUGAGCUUAUUAGUGAGGUUUGUGUGGGUGACUAUAUUGGAAGUGAAAUUCCAGGAAGGGAUUUAGGUUUUUAGGAUGACCUUAAUUUUUUUUUCUUUUUUUUUAUAUUUAUUUUUGGUGUUACGAAGGAGAACCGCUUAGGAAAGGCAGCCUGUCUGGCUUUGUUACAUGUUGUCAGGGAUAGACAGUGGUCCUUGUUCCCAGACUAAUCACUUCAUUCAUUAGAUAUUUAAUCUGUACUACAGGAAUGGGUCUUAUACAUUUCAAAAUAACCUAAUUCUUAAGAAUUUGAUUUUAAAGUUAAGAAAUAGACAUUGUUUUUUGUUUCAACUAGUCUGUGUCUCUGCUAGGCAAUAGGAAUCAAGUGUUCCAGCAUUGUCAUAGGUCAAAAGUUAUUGUAUAGAAAUAUAAACAGAUAGUCAGCUGUAUCGACUUAUGUUUAUAUUUUGUAGGAGGUUACUGUCAUUGAUGAAGUUAUAUUAGAGGAAGUCAUAGGCUUUUGCAUUGAUGUAAAAUAGAGAACCACUGAAACAAUAAAGAUCAGGUUUGUUAUGAUAUAACAAGCAGCAAAUCAAAGUUUAUGCACUGAUGCUUCCCAGCAUGUGGUUGACAUAGGUGAUGAUGGAAUCAAGUGCAUCGAUACUUUCCUUUGUUCUUUGGUAUCUCCCUACUUGGUCAUUUGCAAUGCAUGUGAACUAAAUAACAAAGCAUUGUUACUUGCCUGUGUUGCUUGAUAUCUACUUACUUGGCCUGUAGUUGUGUGUUAUUAGUUUAGAAGUUAUUACGUUUCCCAUUUUUAUUUCAUGAAGUGGUACCAUAGUCAGGAAAGUAAGGGUUUGACUGGAGUAAUAAUGUAUCUAACAAUGCCCCAAAGAUUACUACAGUAUGCUGAAAGUUUUUGAAAGACUUCCCUGAAAAUGCAGUAACAACUGUCAUUUUACAGACAGUGUCAUGCUCAUAGGAAAGUACCAAAAAUAAGGAAAAAUAAGUCUGGUUUAUGAUGAUCAUUAAACACUUUCACUACUAACAUAGUGCUCAAGUUGGCAAUAAGCUGUGAAGCUGAUGUUUUCUUAUACAUAACCGUGCUGCAGUGCUGUUGCUUUUUUAUUUAUUUUUUUCAUAAGCCGUCCACUGUGCCAUUGCAACACUUCAGCUACAUCAGGAAAACACUCAGUACCGAACCUGCAGGUCAUAAGUGCCUCAAUACUUUGCUUUGAGUGUUGCCGUGAGGUCAUCUCAGUGAAAAGUGGAUGAAGAGAGAAUCUUGAUAAUCAAGAAUAUCAUGCAAACAUUUCAAGAAUGAAGCUUUAUUUCAUAGCCUUGUGCUUACUAUCUUCAUAAGCAUAAUAUUCUGCCAGUUUUAAAUAGAUAGUUAGGUCAUUGGAUUGUUGUUUAAUACACAGUAAUUUUUUAUUAGGUAAUUUUUUAGUGCACAAUUCUACCAGAUAUUUUAUUGUUUGUGUAAUGAUGAGUGUAUGUAAUAUUAUACAUAUUAUUGAAAUGUAAAGGUGUCAAGCAGUUUAUCAAGCACUGUAUUUUAAGUAAGAAUAAAACUGAAAUGAUUUUUUGGUGGCAUCCAUAACAUAAUACAAAUGACAAAAGCUUCAUCUGAUACAGUAUUGUUAUCACUUGUAUACACCUGUGAAAUAUGUGCUCAGAAGACUGUGCAAGGAUGCAGCACCUCAAAGUGUGUGCGAGGCCACACCUGCAGUACACUUAUAGAAAGGUUCAAUUAGCAGAGCUUCUUACUAUUAAAAAAUAGUAGGAGUACAUUCUGUAUCUUCCACCCCAGGUGAUGCUGUACAUGUUAAGCUGAUUCAGAAGAGCAAGGUAUGAAAUGUAUGUUUAUUUUUGGUUCUGAUCAUGGAUGAUAUGAUGAUGUACUCUAUUCAUUGUAAUAUUCUACACCACCUUUGUGAAUAUGACUACCAUCUAUUACAUUACUGGAAUGACAUUCAUCUUUAUCCUAGAACCAGAUUGGUCAUCCAAGGCACUCUAGAAAGUUUAUGGGUGUUGCUCAAACUCUUGUAAGUGAUGUCUCGUUAUUCUUUUGGAAUAUACUUUGUCACUAUAACUUGUUUGUAGGACCCUUUACAUAAGGGAGCCAUUGACUGUAAAUUGCAAUUGAAUGUUAUGGUUGCUUAUGGUGACCUCCCAUAUGGUUAAUCAAUCCUGUGUAUGCCAUCAGAUACCUUGACAAGGGAAGUCUUUAUAAGUAUGGUGACCUUGUUGUUUAGAAGGCAUGGUAUCUUGUACUAUGUGUGGCAACAGUUUCAGCAGUGAGCACAGCAUGCAGCAGAAGUAGCCUACAUACUAAGUAGUGUUUGGUUGUGGAGCUUUGGAUGAAGGGCUGUGAGGAGGGUUGAAAGGAAUGGCUGCUACAGAAACAAAGGCACAGAACAGGCAGUGACAAUAAGUCAACACAUUACAUGUAGCAAGAACAUAUCAUAUGAAGACCCACCAUGAUUGUUUCUGAAUAGAAGAGCCUCCAUCUCUCCUUAACACUGUACGGUUUGUCUCAUCCACAUCCUUGUGAAUGUUACUUAAGUGCUGUUUGUUUUUGUACUUAUUUGUACACUGCCGAGGGAGUGACUGAAGCUGUGUCACUGUAAGUGUUUGUUGGUCCCUCUGGCGCCUUAAGGCAUGGAAACAACCGGCACGCACUGCACUCAACAAUGCCAUGUAGAUCUUACUGAGAUGUAAAUACUGCUAUUCUAAUAAAAUAAUUCUUUCUCA